CAGCAACGCAACUUGCCAACAACAACAAAAUCUCCUCUCAUCAUGGAUGUUCAGAUUGUCUCUGACUUGCACCUUGAGGCGCCAAAGGCCUACGAUGUCUUCGAAAUCUCCCCUCACGCACCGACUUUGGCCUUGCUCGGCGACAUCGGGAACAUCGUUGCUCAUAAGGGUGAGUGCCGCGCCUUCCUGAUUCGGCAAUUCCAAAACUUCCGCACCGUACUCUUCGUUCCUGGAAAUCACGAAGCAUACCACUCCAGCUGGCCUGAAACCAUCAGUCUUCUGCGAGACUUUGAACAAGAAUUCGGUCAAGACGACUCAAUUGGCGAAUUUGUUCUUCUGGAUCGUACUGCAUAUCGAGUGCCCGAUUCCAACACGGUCAUCCUGGGCUGUAGUCUCUUCUCACUCGUGCCGCCCGAAAGCGAGAUGCAAGUGAGCAUGGGGCUCAACGACUUCUUCCAGACCAGCGACUGGGAUGUACAAGCCCACAACAAUGCCCACAACCGAGAUGUAGCUUGGCUCAACGCGCAGGUCUUGGAGCUUGAAAAUUCCGACGUCGAGGUUAUCCUUUCGCACUGGAAUCCAAGCAGAGAUGAACGCUCCAUCGACCCGAGAUUUGCGCAAAGUCCAAUUACAUCGGGGUUUGCAACAGACCUGUCAGUACAAUUAUGUUUCAGGAGCAAGAAAGUAAAGAUAUGGGCGUUUGGUCACACACACUACAACUGCGACUUUACGGUAGAGAGGGGGGGUGACGCCGAACCGUUGAGACUGAUCGCAAAUCAGCGAGGAUACUACUUCUCUCAGGCAGCUGGAUUCGAGAGGGAGAAGGUCAUUGACGUAUGAUCAGAGGUAGUCAUUGAGUUGGACUCAAGCACAGUGUUUUUUAAGUACCUAGACGAAGCAUGUAUUAAUAGCCUAUGCCGAUCAAGGACAAACUGUCAGACUACAAUGGCAAACGGGACUGGACAGCAACCUGAGCAUAAGUCAGAUCUUCAAAAUAAGAGCUCAUGUGAGACAUCGAUUUAAAGUUCAACUCUGCCAAGCAUAUACUAGUAGAAAGAUAGCUAUAUCUGUCGUCGUUGACUAGGCGGCGUGUAAAUGUCACAUGUAGG